GAGACCUCUCCCUUUAAUUCUUAGCCAAUUAUAAGUUGCAACCGAAUCUAAAAUUUUCUAAUAAUAAUAAUAAUCUCUCAUGGAUCUCCCCCAAAAUUUUUUGACCAUAAAAGAAUUCGCUACUACUUCCCCCAUUUCAAACCUAAAUAGUUGGAAAGGAAGAGACAAAAGCGUAGUACUAGAAUCUAUACAGAUGCUUGUGAGAAGAUCCGUUGAUAUAAUCAUAUUAUAAUGCAACUUAGUUCAAUAAUUAAUUGGGUCAUUACAUCAUUAAAGUGGAAUUAUAGUUUUCUUCCACUCAAGCCUUGAAAGUUAGGGUUUUGGUGGCCUGUUGCAUUUGAUUCUUCUGCUGGUGCCGAUUAAAUUGGUGUUUUUCGAUAGUGGUUCAGUUGAAUUUCUUUUUUCUUGGAUUGGAUUGGAGUUGGGAGAUUAGCUCAAAUCUGGCAGCUCAGUUUCUCUAUUGGAAGAAUAGAGUUACUUGGUAUAAAGAUUUAUAGAAAUUUUUUUGAUAGAACUUUGUUUUGGUAGUUAUUGAUAAUACCCGAUUCGUUAUUUUCCCAUGGGUACAGUUAGAAGAUGAUUGGGUGUUUUGAAUAGGAAUUGAAACGAGGAGAAUUUAGCUGGCAUUUAUUUGCAAGGCCAAAAUCAGUGAAGGGGGGAUAUAGAGAGAGCUUUUAUGGAGAUGGAAGGGGGUAGAAGUUUCUCUGAAUUGCUUAGGAAUUCUAGUGAAGAGAUGUUUCUGAAGACUGUGAUGGAGAAUCCUAUUGGGAUCUCGGCGCCAAGUAUGGAGAUGCUAGGGUUCAGGAACAUCACACAGAGCUUUCGUGGAGAUAGUGAGGAACUAUUCAAUAGCUGGUUGAUGAAUGGAGAGAUACCUGGCUACAGUUCUGCCAAUUCUGCUCAGUGCCAUCGUACUCGGCAAGCAUCUAGAUUAUCUACAGAACUUGCUUCAAGCCAGCAAAAUGGGGUUGCAUUUCAAAAGAGAAAUAGCAAUGAGAACUUAUUUCAGCAAAGUUUAAGCAGGCAGGAGGAACCCUCAAACAACUCCACUCCACGUUCUCUUUGGAACGCAGCAGAGAAAGGAAUGGAAGCUAGUAACUUAUAUUUGGCCAAGGCAUGGUUUCAUAGCUCUCAACCAAUGACUAGGAGCAGAUCCUCAGAACUAAGGAGGAGAUAUGCUGCGAUGCAAAAUUUUCAGACACCAACAAUCCCAGAAGUUCCGUACAUUCCAGUACAAGAACUAAAUGGAGUGAAUCAAGGAUUUAAUCACACAAUUAAUUUCAAUGAUGUCUCAGGGGCUGAGACGGCCAAUCAGCUACAGUCAUUUAUGUCUCCGUCCAAUUCAUCCACAUCAGCAUUCAACACUCAUCCAGUUGCAAAUGUAGAUAACGUUUCUUCUGUGGUAAACAUGCUCAAAUGCGCUUUAGAACAAAAGAAGCUUGGUAACCAAGAGAACAAAGAAACCCUAGAAGGAAGUUCUUUUAGCUUUUAUAAUUCUCAAGAAAUUCCAGUGAAUAUAAGCGCCGAUCAAAAUGGAGUGAAUCAGACUCUUGAGCCACCCAGAACUUUUCAUGGGGUAAACCAAAUCCAACCGGGAGCAAUGUCUCAAGAACCUUCACAAAGUGAAUCAUCGGCUGUUGCGCCUGCACUCUCAACUGGUUGUGAUAACGCCAUCAACUCAGGACAAACAUUUUCUGUUUGUGAGAGUACAAGGAAAAACAUUAGCAAUGGAAAUUCAGCUCAUGCAUCAAAGGCCAAAGAAUACAGGGAAAGAAUUUUGGAAAACAAUUUAAAGGAUGAUAGGAAGAAACGAAAUAUAGUUCGGAUGGGCUCUGUUUCAUCAUGUGGUUCAGUGGAUAAAGGAGACCCCACAAAGAAACGCAGGGUGGAGCGCUCACGCAAGAUGCAAGAAGCGAAGGAAAGAAGUUCGACGCCAACUCUACCAUCAGACAUGCAAUCAGUACUCAAGCGCUGCGAAACUCUCGAGAAGGAAGUUCGAUCGCUCAAACUGAAUUUGUCUUUCAUGAAUAGGAAGGAUUCAGAACAGACCAAACAAAUCGAAGAGCUGCAGAAGCAAACUGAGGAUUUGUCCGAUGAAAAGGAACGCCUUUUGGAAGAGAUUGAGAGGAUCAUAUCUGAAACUGGAAAUAUGUGAGAGGCUCAUUUUGUAAGUUCAAGCUUCUGCCUCUCUUCACUCUCCUUCCCGAUCGACUUAGAAAAUAUAUGUAAUCUCAUUUUGCGAACUUUUUAAUUUAACUUAGAGGUAAAAAUUCAUUAACCUCUGAAGCUUAUUAGUUCAAGUUGGUGAACUGUACAACAUGCUCAUACUUUGCUUGUAAAAAGUGUUGAUUUAAUUCUCAAGAAUGCGCGGCUGUGAAGAGCGGAUACCCAAUGUUGCGACGAUAACAACAGUAAUGAUUGAUUAAUUUGCAAAAUGCAAAAGUUCAUAUUUGAUUAAUUUGCAAAAUCUUGCAUAAGGGUGAAAAAAAGACACAUAAGCUAAAAACAAGGACCAACUUUAUAAAUAAAUAUUAAAAAAAAACUACAACACGGAUUUCUUCUUCCUCGGCGAAGUCCUCCUCCCCCUAACCUCAUCGGCCUCCACCGGCUCAUCGGACCCCGGCUU